AUGGUGCUCAGCAUCUGCCUCGCCUCAUCCCUCCGGCCUGCCCUGGUGGCUCUACGCCGGGCAGCCCCCAGGCAGCACCGGGGGCUCAGCACCCCCCCAGGACCGGGGCACACACUCGACCUUGGGGGCAUCUUCCCACCCCUCACCACCCCCUUCUCGCCCACGCAGGAGGUGGACUAUGCCCAGCUGGAGGGGAACCUGCGUCACUAUGCCAGCAUCCCUUUCCGAGGGCUGGUGGUGCUGGGCUCCAACGGAGAGUACCCCUACCUGGCACCCCGCGAGCGGCUGGAGGUGGUGGGCUGCGCGCGCCGGGCUCUACCCAGGGACCGCCUGCUGCUGGCCGGCUCAGGCUGCGAAUCCACCCAGGCCACUAUCGAGCUGACAGUCAGUAUGGCAGAGGCGGGGGCUGACAUGGCAAUGGGCGUCGCCGACGCAUCCCCCAUCCCCGUGGUGCUCUACAGUGUCCCCGCCAACACCAGCCUGGACCUGCCCUUGGAGGCUGUCCUCGCCCUGGCUCAGCACCCCAACAUCGUUGGGAUCAAGGAUAGCGGUGGGGAUAUUACCCGCAUGGGGCUGAUGGUCCACAAGAUUUUUUUCCAGGUGCUGGCGGGAUCGGCCGGGUUCCUGCUGGCAAGCUAUGCCCUGGGUGCCUCUGGGGGGGUCUGUGCCCUCGCCAAUGUCCUA